GAUUAAUCUGGUCUUUAGUUUUGUAAAAAAAUGAUCAUUAUCAAAGAUGGUUUUCUACAUUCACAAUAAAUUCGAUCAUUUGAUAAUUUGAAAAAAACGCAGUUUAUAUACGUUUUUGAUGAAGUUUUGUUCUCUUAGUUGGAUGGUUUGGUCGUCAAGCUUUCAUCGAUCUUCUGAACGACAUCAUCAACACAAAUUUCAGGUACAAGUGAAGUGUUCGAUUUUCUCCACAUAUAGUUCACAGCUUGUCCUACAGACCUCGAUGCUGAUUGGUUAUUGUCGACCUUUAACCUGUCAUCGUUUACUUCUUUAUUUUGGACUUUUUGCCUUAGUUUUGUUCAAUGAUCGUUUAAAUGUUAACAAUAACCAAUCAACAUCGAUGUCUACAUUGACAAGUUGUGAACUAUAUGUGAAGAAAAUCGAACACUUCACUUCUUUUUGAAGUUUGUGUUGAUAAUGUCGUUCAGAAUAACGAUGAAUGCUCCAUGACCGAACCAUUCAAUUGAGAGAACAAAACUCCAUCAAAAUCAUCCACCUAUGCUACAAAUCUUCUCCAUCAUCUCAGUUAAUAUAAAUACAUAUCUAAUUAUCUUCAAAAUGAAUAAUCACCUUUUUUUUAAUAACUAAAUCAAACAACAUUAUAAUAACUCAAUAAACAAUUUUAUAAUUAAAUGGUUUAUACUACUUCUUUUCAGUAACAUAUUAAUAUGCAAAUGAGAUUUUGUCAAACUUUAUUUUAAUUGAUGCAUUAUCUUUUCAUUAUAUUCAAAUGAUGAUUAAUUAUUCUAAUCAAAUUAUAAAUGUGUUUGAUACAAAAUGAAGUUGUUUUUCUCUCGUGAAAUGAAGUUGAAAAUGUUCGAAUUUGAAGAGGUCAUAAUGUCAAUUAAUUACCGAAACAUACAAUAAGAGACAUCCUGAUGGCUGGCAAUAUACAUUGAAAAGAAUGAAUAUUAUUCAGAUGUCAACUUCUGUAAUUAAAUGCUACUAACUAACUGGUGACCAAUCAAUAUUUAUCGUCAGGAUCGAUCAAGAAAUAAAAAAGGAAACUUAUUCAAAUACUUUGUGUUGAGAAUUGUAUAUUGUACCAAAGAUAUAAUAUUGAAUAAAGCUAAUAAUAAAUAAAUAAUAUACCGUGAUUUUUAAUGCUGAAAAUUCCAUAUUCAAUUGGAAAUACUAUCACAAAUAACUUAAGUUUAGAUUUCACUUGGUAUUAUUUAGCUUGUAUCUUCCCAUUGAGGUUUACGACCGUAAUUGACCAGCCUGUUAACGGCAUAUGUGCAUACUGUGCGUAUGACUCGAUAUUGCCUUAAUUAACAAGCUUUUUGUAAGCAGUGAUGGAUAGUGGCUAGCAGUGGAAUCCAGAAGGUGCGUUGCGUCCUAUUUGGGACUAGUCAGC